CAUUGCACAAUCAAUAAAGCCCUCCCCUUGCUUCAUGUUUCAUUUUCCCUUUCUGUUCCCCGCAACUGACCCUUCUUUUGUUCCAUUUCUCUGUCAUCAGCUAGUCCUGUUGAAUCUACCUACAGAACAUGGCUCCUUACUGCAAACCAAUGCCUUCUGUCCAUCUCCACCACCAGCUCCCCACACCACACCACUGCCUUCUCAUGCCCGUGGUCCUGGGGGAGCAUCCUAUCUAAUUGGUCUCCCAGCUCCCCUCUGCCAAGUGCUCCUGUACAAACAUUCAUUCAGGGGACUUCCCUGCUUAAAACUGGACAUUUUUGAAGAUGCCUUGGACACCAUCUCUGCGCCUUUUCGCACAGAUAUGGCAACAAGCAGACCUCAGUUGGCAUCACUGGAUGCAAAACAGGCCUCCGGACAGCACCGACCAUCCAAGGCGAGCAGGUCAGAAAGGGUGCGAGCAUUCCUGGGGGGACCAGUCCUACCCUUCGGUGAACUGCAAUGCUGAUGUCAGAACAGGCUCUGUGUUUUAUUGAUCUGUGGGGAGAGGAGAGGCCCAGGCAGGUAGAGGGCCCAUUUUACAAAUUAGGGAAGGAGGCUAAGGGACUCAGUGACUAGGUGUCA